AUGGACAUCACAUUUGAUGACAAAUUAAAUGCUUUGCAACAAAUAAGUCAAAGGAAGCUUAUUGACAUUUUAGACCAAAUUUCUGGGAAAAAAGACUUUAUUAUUGAGCAGACAUUGAUGAAACCAUUGGAUUCAUUCGUUGGAGUUACUGUUCUCAAAAAACACGGAGUGGAUAAAAUCUAUUUACUAGAACCGGGUUUAAAACCUACAAACUCACAUCGAAUAUUUUUAAUAUCUAGUAAUCUUAUAUCUUGUAAAAGAGUGCUUGAUCAAAUUCAAUCAGAAAUGUCUCAAUCUGAUGGUUUAAAUUUUCAUAUAUUGAUAAAUCCAUACAUACCUACUGUGGUGCACUCGCUUAUUGAAGAAGAAGGACUGGCUGACUUGGUGACUGUGCGAGCAUUGUCAUGGGAAUUCAUUAGAAUUGAUGACAAUGUAUUGUCAUUAGAAUGUCCAAUAUUUGUUGAUUUAUAUUAUCACAAGGACACAAGUUUAUUAUCAAGUCUUGCUCGAAACCUAUGGUCUCUUCAACUAAUUCUUGGUUGGCCUAAAUUCUCAAUGUCAUUUGGUAAACACAGUGAUCAAGUGUUAAAAAUGAUUGAGACGAUACAGGAAGACACAAAAUCUACAAAUUGUAGUAGUAAUGAAAUAGGCGGACUUAUUAUUAUGGAUCGUUCUUAUGAUUUAGUAUCUACUUUUUUGACACCAGUCUCUUAUUUGGGUUUAUUAAGUGAAGUGGUGCCCAUUACAGUAAACACAGCAGCUAUUGAUAAAGCUUCAAUAAAAUUAGAUCCAAAAAAAGAUCAAGUUUACGAAGACAUUCGGGAUAUCCAUUUUAGCGAUGUAUUUCCGAAACUUCGUGCCAUGGCUAAGGCCUUAAAAUCUGAACAAGAAGCAACUCAGGAUAUGAAAUUGGCUGAAAUGGGACAUUAUGUAGCAACGCGAUUAUCAAAGACAGCUGAAGUUAAGCGCCUUUUAGCUUCGCAUAUAUCUGCAUGUGAAGCUAUUAUUAGUGCAUUAGGUUCGGAAUUUGAAACAUUGCAAUCAAUGGAAAAGUCAAUACUUGAAUGUACAAAGAGAAAAGAGUGUCUGGAUUACAUAGAAAGAAAUAUAAAUGAUUAUCCAAUACGCAGUCUUCGUUUAUUGUGUUUACUUUCUAUUACCAGCAGUGGUCUUACUCCUAAUGAGUCUCAUAUAAUUCAAAAAUCUCAUCUUCACGCUCACGGAUAUGAAUAUAUACCUUUAUUUUAUAAACUCGAAGCUUGUGGAUUUUUACGUCAAAAAAAGGAAAACAUUUUGAAUAAAUUGCCUACUUGGAGUGGUGAAUGGACUAGCAAUGCUCAGCGUAUGAAAUUACUUCCAAAUCAAUCGAAAAAAUCAGAGGACACAUCUGUUUGUCCAAGUUAUGUGUUCAGCGGUGCAUACAUUCCAGCUAUCGCUCAAUUUUUAAAAACCGUAAUAUCGCAAGUUUCUAAUCCUAAAGGCUAUGAAGAUUUAAUCAACUUACCUGAAUGUCAUGUCAAUCGGCCUCGCACAGUGGUACAACCAAAAAUUGUAAUUAUUUGCAUAAUAGGAGGAAUUACAUACGGGGAAAUAUCAGCAUGUCGAUUUAUAGAAAAAUCCAUGGGAAUAAAACUUGCUAUUGUUUCAGAUUGUUUAUUAACUAGUGAUAAGCUCUUCAAAAGCAUUCAAGAUGCAUAG